AUGCAGUGCCAAGUGACCGUCGAGCGGCGCCAGAAGUGGUUCGAGUCUCUCGACGUCGAGGAGCUGCUGCUGCAGCGGGGCAUCUCGUUCCGGCCCGUCACGUGGAACGAGGACCACUGGCUGCAGCUCGAUGACUUCGACAACACCGAGUACGACAUCCGCACCCCCGAGCAGUGGCUCGAGCAGGGGUGGACGGAGGCGGGGUUCCUGCCGGUGCGCGCCUGCGGUCUGCGCCUCAGCGAGGACGGCGGCGGGGUGUGGCAGGAGUGCGUUGCGGUGGGCCUCACCGAGGACAAGAGGUUCCAG